AAUUUGACAUAGCCAAUCACAGGAGAUCAUUUUUUUGAGGUUGUUUCAAAAGAUACGGUAAUGCGGUAGUGAUCUAGUCUCUCUUGUCAUGUUAUGGUUGAGAGUUAUAACUUAUGUAUGUACGUCAAUUAUUAUUAAUAUCAAGAGUUACAAAUAAGGAAGCGUUUUAUGGUUUUUUGAAAAUACAAUGGUGAUGGAAGAACAAGGAUCAGAUAUGGAACUAGCCUCGGAAAAUAUUCCAGUUCCUCAAGUACAAGAACUAAAAGUUGAUACAAUUAAACGAAACAAUAAAUCAAGUGCUUCACAUGGUAAACCAAGACUAAGAAAGAAAGCAUUACAUGCAUCAAUACUUAAGCAAAUGGAGUUUUAUUUCAGUGAUGCAAAUUUGAGUAAGGAUCGUUUUUUGUCAGAACUGUUGAAAAUAAAUCCUUAUGUAGAUCUUGAUGUAUUUAUACAUUUUAACAAAUUGCGCGAGCUAACUAUGGAUACAAAUAGAAUAGCUAAGGCUCUGCAGAAAUCAACUAUAUUAAAAGUGUCGGAAGAUGGUACAAAGGUCUGUCGAAUAACACCAAUUAACAAGAAGGAAAAUGUAGAUGAAUGUACAGUUUAUGUACAAAAUUUACCUCCAGAUGCUGAUCAUGAUUGGUUAAUAUCUAUUUUUUCUAAAUUUGGAUUGGUAGAGUAUGUCUCAAUUCCUCGUUACAAGAGCAAUAGAAAAAUUAAAGGAUUUGCAUUUGUAGAAUUUGAUACACCAAAUAGUGCCCAAGAAUGUCUUAAGGCGUUUCGAAAAAAGGGAUGUGUUUUACCAUACAAUACAGCCCCUCAUGAAGUGUUAAGUAUAAGUACUUUUGAUGAGACUAAUCAAAAUGAGUAUUCAAUUCCAACAUAUAAUAUAAAUUACAAGAUAUCAAAAUCGGAAGAUAUUGAAAAAGAAAAGGCAUCAAAACAUGAAAGUAAAAACAGUGAUAAUAUUCCUGAUAAUGAAAUGAUUAUAGAGGAUAAUGAUAAACAAAAUCUAAGAAAAAGAAAACUUAUUUCAGAAAAAUCGUUUACUAUAGAUGAAAGUGCAGGAAAUAUUAAAGUUAAGAAAAAAAGAAAAGAAACUGAGGAUCAUAGCAUAAUAGAUCAAGAGAUUAAAAAAGAAAAAGCCUCAAAAGAUGAAACUGAAGAUAACGAUAAAACAUGUGACAAUGAAACUGAUGUAGCUAAUAAUGAUAAUAAACAAAGUAUAAAAAAGAGGAAACUUGCUUCUGAAAAAAUAUUUGUCAUAGAUGACAACAUCAAAGGUGAUAUCACUGAAAACAGUGGUACAGAAAAUCAAGAAAAUCCAAAUAAAAAUAUUAGUCAUAAUAAAAUUACGGAAAAGAAAAAAAAAAGACUCACAAUAGAGGAUACUAAUAUUGUGGAAGAUGUUAGUGGAGAAGUGAAAAAAGAAUCGCAUAAAUUAAUGACUAAAUCAAAUAAAAAUAAAGGAACAAGAUCUGUGUAUCUAAAUAUAAGUGAUGAUGGUAAAGUCACAAAUAAUGAGGCGGAUGAAAAUUUACAUAGUGAAAAACAUUCCAUGACAAAAGAUAGUGGAAUAAUGAAUAGUGAUAUCGAAGAAACUAGUGUUGAUGAAAAAAAGAAAAAGAAAAAUCGGAAAAAGAGGAGCAAAAUUCAGGAAGAUGAUAUUUGUAAUGCGCUAGGACUACAUGUGAUGGCCAAACCAGAUUGGAAACGUCUUAGAAACAAAUAUUUAGAAUUACAAAGAGCUAAAAUGCAAUUAUUGAAAGGACAUUUGAAGAAAAGUGAAAAUACAAUAGGAAAGAAAUGGUAUUAUGAUACAGUUGGAGAUAAUUAUAAAUUCAAAAAUGAAAAGGAUAAUGCAAACAUUAGUGAGACAGAAAAGUCAGUUUAUGGACGUAUCAAUUAUACACCAGGGAUUAUAGUAAAAGUUGAAAUGGAUGAGCCUUGCACAGAUCCACAGAGUUUCAAGAUGGAGUUUAGAGAUAACAAUUAUGUGAAAUAUAUAGAUGUAACACAUGGUUCCUGUGAAGCUUACAUAAGGUGUGACACAGCGGAAGCUGCACAAUCAUUUGUGCAAAAGAAUUAUGAAGGAAAAUGCUUGACAAUUUUAAAAGAUGAUGAAGAAAAAUCAUACUGGGAUAAAAUAGCGCGUGAUCGAGAAGAAAAACUGAAUAGAAAAGGAAACGUUAAGCAAAGAGGACGUGAUAAAUUGUUGAAAAGAGCAGAGAAAAAACUUGGAAAGUGUAUAAAAUUUGAUCAAGAUUGA